AUGACCAAGCAGAGUCGGGCUUUGCAUACCAGGGAUUCUGUAGUGGCUAGUCCGACUAUUUCUAGUGGUAUUACUUUGGAUCAGCGUAGAAGGGAUGAGGAGAGAGACCAGGAUAUGGCCUACUUAAAGACACAGAUGGACUUGAUGACCACACACUUUCUAUUAAGAAAGACCAAAAUAGUUAAGGCUGUAGAAUCUCAGGGUACUGUUGCUAUGAGUACUGAUGUGGAAGAAAACUAUAGAAAAAGUGGUACUUUACCUUAUGAUACGGUUCAAAAUCCGCAGAAUGAUGGCUCAUAUAUGGCGAUUACCACUCAGAGUGGUAAGAGGUUACGUGGCCCUUCUAUUGGCAAAUCUGUAGAAGAUGAGGUAAUGGUUGAUGGACCCGAAGAAAGUAAUCUAGUGAAGUCUGAGAAGCUGGAUAGUUCUACUGCUGAUAUAGAGAAGAAAACAAAGAAGGAAGAGGAAGUGGCACUUGAGCAAAUUCCAGGUUAUACAAUGUUCAUGAAAUACCUCAUCACAAAGAAGAGAAAGAAAGCUGACCCUGGAACGUUUAGUAUUUCGUGUAAAGUUGGGUCUCUGGAUGUGGCAAGGGCAUUAUGUGAUUUGGGUGCCAACGUGAAUCUGAUGCCUCUGGCUGUAUACAAGAAGCUUGGUUUAGAAGCUCUGACACCCACUAACAUGCGACUGGUGAUGACAGACAGAUCGAUAAAGAGGCCUAUUGGAAUUUUGCAUGAUGUGUUGGUAAAAGUAGUAGACUUUAUUCUUUUUGCUCAUUUUGUGGUAUUGGAUUGUGAUGUGGACUUUGAGGUUCUCAUUAUUUUGGGUAGCCCAUUCUUAGAAACAGGAAGAUUAAUAAUCGACUUGGAGUUGAAUGAGCUUAAAUUUAGGCUCAGUAAGGAAGAGGCAAAAUUCAAAAUGCAUCAACCCAUGUCGCAACAAAAUGAUACAAAUGUCUUCUCAAUCACUGACGUCUUCUAUGAUGAUGGAAAAGGGCGAUCAACUAGUUUUCUUGGCAAAUGCUUUAAAAUAGCACAAAAAAGAAAGAGUCCCACAGAACCAAAGAAAGUGGCCAAAGAUGAUGUACAUCGUAAGCUCAUCGAUGAGGAAUCUGACUAUGAGAAGAAGGAACCCUUGCUCAAGAAGCGAAAGAAGCAAAGUCCAAAGAAAACACCACCAAUUGAGGUGGAGAACAUUGAUGAUACUGAGUCGACCACAACUUCUGAGUAG